GGGAUUUAAAUAUCUUUGUUCCUAGUCAUUUACCCUUCCCUCCUCUGUUCUGCAAGUAUGGCUGCUGCCACUAACCCAGUCGCCUCUGAGCACACAGCGACACCACCACCACCAUUGUUUGAUAUAACUAAGCCUCCAGUUAUCGAAGGAUUUACACCUCUGUCGCGACCCAGAGAAGAAACGUUCCAAGAGAAGUUCAUGAGGAAAACGAAGGAGAAUCCCUUCGUCCCAAUAGGUUGUCUUGGUACUGCUGGAGCCUUGAUGUACGGUCUCAGAGCGUUCAAACAAGGAAAGACCCGUCAGUCCCAGCUCCUGAUGAGGGGGCGAAUCUUUGCUCAAGGUUUCACCGUAGUUGCCAUCAUCUUUGGCGUGUUUGCCACAACCCUGAAGAAGAACUGAGCUGCAUCUUGGUUGUAUUCAUUCAUUAGUUCCCUCCCCCUUUUUUGUAGUCCCUUUCCAUAUGUUUUCAUUAGACACUGGCCUUUGUCAUCUGCCAGUUGGUCUAGCCCCAUUAACCUUUUUAAGAGAACCAUGGUAAUGGAUGAAAUGUAUUUAAAUAUGAAAGUUUUUCUUCUGGACUCUUUAAAUUAUGAUUUGGGCUGGUGCAGUCCACUAAAAAUGUAAAAUGAACAUUCAACCUAAUGGUGAUUGCUUCUCUGUAUUUUACAGAUACAUAUACCAAGAAUCUGAUACUUUAAUUGCAUUACAUAUUGUCUGUCUCACUGGGCUACUUGCCAUAGAUUAGCCGUGUUUCCUUGGGGAAACAUGCCACCUUUUAUUAAAAUGUAAAAUGAAA